AUUAAAAUUAAUAUGGAGCUUUUUGGCUAUUAUUAUAAUCCAAGUACUGAUAAUCAUGAUGUAAAAUCAUUCAACACUCCAUUUAAAGUGAUUUGCAAUAGUGCAGAAACAAAGGAUUUGAUAGAAGAAUUUGUAACAGUUAUUGACAAUAAGGCAGAUGAGUUUGCAGAAAAAGAUUCGGGAUGGAUCUUACUUAAUUUUAUUCAUUUGGAAAUUAACAUCAAUAAAUUCAAUCCUUUGAGAGCAUCAUCAUUUAUUGAACUACCUCCUGAAAUAGUACGACGUCAAGCUGUAGUUAACAUAAGAAAUAACGAUGACUACUGCUUCGCAUGGUCCAUAGUUGCAGCUCUUCAUCCUCCAACAAGUGUUGACUUUGUUACAUCAUCAUACCCUCAUUAUUCAACGGUUUUGAACACUGCAGGUAUUGACUUUCCAAUAUCAUUAAAAGACAUCAAGAAAUUUGAAAAUCAAAACAAUAUUUCUAUCAAUGUAUACGGUUUAGAAAAAUAUUAUAAUAAAAUUUCUAAUAAUGAGGAAUAUGAAGUAAUUGGUCCUCUACAUUUCACAAAUGCUAAAAAAAUAUUCAUGUUAAUUUAUUAUUGAUAAACGAUGAUGAUGAAAAUCUUCAUUAUUGCUACAUUUCCGAUCUUUCUAAAUUAAUUUCUAAACAACUUAGUAAACACAAUGGUAGAAAAUAUUUAUGUGAAGGAUGUUUGCAAUAUUUUGACACAGAACAAAAAUUACAAUACCAUAAUAGUUAUGAUUGUGAUCAUGUUAAAAUUAAUUUA